CAAACUGCAUAAUGUCGAUAUCAGUCUCAAUUCGGAUCUCGUUGAAAGCAAAGCGAUAGUUUAGUGUCAUAGUUUCCUCUCAACAGCUCAACAAUGCGCUUGUUUGUGUUUCCUUGUCUCGCCUUGUGCUUGGCUUUGGUAAGCUGUGCCGAAGAAAAAGCAGCAAGUGAUAGUAAAGAUGAUAAAACAAUUGAAAAGCGUGGAUUACAUUUCGGUGAUCAUGGCCAUCAUGAGCACAUCAAGACGAUAACAAUUGAAAAGAAAGUUCCCGUACCAUAUACCGUGGUUAAGCACAUUCCUUAUACGGUGGAAAAGAAGGUACCCUAUGAGGUGAAGGUUCCGGUACCAGAACCCUAUAUUGUGGAAAAGAAGGUUCCAGUACAUGUUAAGGAAUACGUUAAGGUCCCAGUACACAAACCAGUACCCUAUACCGUUGAAAAGAAGGUGCCCUAUGAAGUUAAAUACCCUGUCGAUAAGCCUUAUGAGGUAAAGGUACCAGUGCCACAACCCUACGAAGUUGUCAAGAAAAUCCCCUAUGAAGUGAAAGUGCCCGUACCACAACCCUACGAAGUCAUCAAAAAGGUACCCUAUGAAGUUAAGGUUGAAGUACCCGUACCCAAACCCUAUGAAGUCAUCAAGAAGGUGCCCUAUGAAGUUAAGGUACCCGUAGAGAAGCCCUACCCCGUUGAGGUGCCCAAACCCUAUCCAGUGGAAGUUGAAAAACCAUAUAAGGUUGUUGUGGAGAAAAAGGUGCCAUAUGAAGUUAAAGUACCAGUAGACAAACCAUACAAGGUUGAGGUGGAAAAACCCUACCCCGUACAUGUUAAGGUACCCGUUCCCCAACCUUAUGUUGUUGAAAAGAAGGUGCCCUACAAGGUAGAGAAACCAGUACCCUAUGAAGUUAAGGUACCCAUUGAAAAGCCAUUCCCCGUCUACAAGGAAGUUAAGGUGCCUGUGCACAAGGAAAUUCCCGUACCCGAAAAAUACCAUGUAGAAGCACCCAUCUUUGAGAAGCAUGAACAUCAUGGUCAUGAAGAAUACCAUGGUCACCAUUACCACAAGAAAUAAAUCCGAUAUGUGGC